UCUUCGUAUCACUUUUAAUCUAUACUCAGUAAUGUCGUUUUAAAUAGCUGUUUUUUCCCCAGCUCUGAUGGAAUUCAAAAGGAAUUUAACCAUGAGAAACCAUACAGCGGUGACAUUUGUUCUUGUAGGACUAACUGAUGAUGCAAACUGGCAAAUUGUGAUAUUCCUUUUUCUAUUUCUAACAUAUUUUUUGAGUGUCACUGGAAAUCUGACCAUUAUCCUGCUCACUUUACUGGAUUCCCACCUCAAAACACCUAUGUAUUUCUUCCUCAGGCAUUUUUCAUUUUUAGAAAUGUCAUUCACAUCCGUCUGCAUCCCUAGGUACCUGGUGAGCAUUGUGACUCUGGAUAACAGGAUUUCCUGUGAUGCUUGUAUGACACAAUUGUUUUUUGCUAUCUUCUUGGGUGCAUCAGAGUUUUUCCUGUUGGCCGCCAUGUCCUAUGACCGCUAUGUGGCCAUCUGCAAACCGUUACAUUAUGUGACAAUUAUGAACAACAGAGUCUGUACCCAGCUGGUCAUUACUUCUUGGUUGGCUGGGUUGUUAACAAUCUCUCCUGGGCUUAUCAUGGGUCUGGGGUUGGAGUUCUGUGAUGCUAAUAUUAUUGACCACUUCGCCUGUGACUAUUCUCCUGUUCUGAAACUGUCCUGUACAGACACACGGGUCAUGGAAUUGUUAGGGUUUAUUUUAGCCAUUUUCACGCUCAUGAUUACACUGGCACUCGUGGUGCUCUCCUACGUAAAUAUUGUAAGAACAAUUCUGAAGAUCCCUUCUGCCCAGCGGAGGAAGAAGGCUUUUUCCACCUGUUCCUCCCACAUGAUUGUUGUCUCUAUCUCUUAUGGCAGCUGCAUUUUUAUGUAUAUUAAACCUUCUGCAGAGGAGAGGGUAGCUUUAAACAAGGGGAUAGCAGUGCUCAACACUUCAAUUGCACCUCUCUUAAAUCCUUUUGUAUAUGCCCUAAGAAAUAAGCAAGUGAAACAAGCCCUGAAAGAUAUAAUUAAAAAACGUAUCUUUAUUGCCUUAAACAAAUAAUGCCGGUUUUUAUAAAAGAAUCACACUAAAACUUACUAGAAAAAUGCACCCUAUUCUGAUUACUCUUUUAGCAUAUUAACUUAUUUCCUUUUUAUAUUAGGGUGGUUAUU